AUGGACAUUCCAAGACCCGCUGAGGGGGAUGUUGAUAUUGGCACUGGCACGUUUCAGGCCUGCUGGGUUCUCACAGCCAUUGUUGGUGUAGCUUUAUUAUUCCGCUAUGGCAUCAAGAUCUGGGUGCGAUGGGCGUUGCCGCAGGUCACCGCGCCGGGACGAAUCUGGGGUAUAGAAGACUUGUUCUUCCUUGUUGCUUGGGGCUUUGAUAUUGCCCAUAUGGUUUUCAUCCAAUUAAGUGCGAAUUGGGGCCUGGGGAGGCAUUUCUUCUACUUAACCCCCGAGGAACGUUUCAACGCUAUGAAAUGGGAUUUCAUAUCCCAGCCAAUGGCUGUGGCUUCAGCUAUGGUCUCACGCACAGGCAUGAUGUGGUUUCUUUUGACCUGCUUUGCGGCUAGCGACAAGAAGAUUCGCCGCUCGAUCAUUGUCUGUGCUGUUGUUCAAAUCGUUGCCAAUAUGUCCAAUCGCGUAGAUUACUUCCACUAUAUGUGGACACCACUUCCUGAAGACGGUUCCGUCAAGUGCCAAUCACCGACCGUCCAAACGACCGUUGGCUUUGUGCAAGGAGGAUUCAACACCGUCAUCGAUUACUUCCUUGCUGCCCUCGCCGCUGUAGAGCUCUGGCAGUUCUUUCUACGAACCCUCCACCGUAACCCAGGCCUGUCAUUCUGGUCCCAGUUCUGCAAGAUUAGUGACACCGUCCGAUCACGCCGAAUCUGGCAGACCAUCACUCUCUGUGGCCCGCUUCUGCUCUCCGGUUGUGCUUCUAUAGUGAAGACAUAUAAACUCAAGUCCCUUGGGGAUCGGCAGGACUUUACUUACAACAUCGUGACCUUCGUUCUCUGGGUGAAAAUCGAAAACUACAGCAUCCUUCUCGCCUCCUGCGCCCCCGUCGCCCGCCUCUUCCUCCGUGCCUUUGUCGAUCACAGACGCGAAGGUCGCAGCCAAGGCUACUGGUCACGCUCCCGCUCCUCGGAUCGACACAAACACAGCACGGAGCUAAAAUGCCGUGCCAAUGCUGAAGACAAUUGGUUGGAUUCCUCGACAAACAAUACUUAUAUGCAUGAUGAAGAGAACCCGGCGACACAGUGGAAUGGGCAUGAACACGAGCGCUCCCAUAGUCGGGUGUCCAAGGCGGAGAUGCCGGAGCAUCUGGAUGAUGGGUGUGUUACUGUUAAGACGGAUAUUGUGGUGCAGAUUAAUGAUGGGAGGCCCAGGUCGACUUCUUCUGGCGGGACAAGACUACUGCCAGAUGGAGGGGAGUCGAAUUCCGCGGGGUAUCGUUAG